GAGCUCGCUCGCGGCUCUGGGAGAGUGUGGCUGCGCGCGAGCCGGCGAGCGGCGCGCGGGCGGCCCGAGGCUCGGCGGCGGCGGCGGACACAGCGGCGGCGGCGGACACAGCGGCGGCGGCGGCGACGGCGGCGGCGGCGCUGACACCUCCCACCAUGGACAGCUUCGACUUAGCCUUGCUCCAGGAAUGGGACCUCGAGUCACUGUGUGUCUAUGAACCAGAUAGGAAUGCGUUACGGAGGAAAGAACGGGAAAGGAGAAGUCAGGAAACGCAGCAGGACAGCGGCGGCUUUAACUCCGGUUACUCACUCUUCAGUGAACCCUACAAGACUAACAAGGGGGAUGAACUCUCCAACCGGAUCCAGAAUACAUUAGGAAAUUAUGACGAGAUGAAAGACUUUUUAACUGACCGAUCCAACCAGAGUCAUCUUGUUGGCGUCCCCAAGCCUGGUGUUCCCCAGACUCCUGUGAACAAGAUCGAUGACCAUUUUGUGGCAGAGUCAAGAGCCCAGCCCCAGCCCUCAUCUGUCUGCAGCACUGCAUCUUCCACACCUGCAGCUGUCCCAGUGCAGCAGAGCAAGAGAGGCACCAUGGGCUGGCAGAAGGCUGGGCACCCACCGUCUGACGGCCAACAGAGAGCAGCGCAACAGGGCUCUCUCAGGACCUUGCUUGGAGAUGGUGUUGGCAGACAGCAGACAAGGGCCAAGCAAGUGUGCAAUGUGGAGACGGGGCUUCAGACACAGGAGAGGCCGCCUGCAAUGGCAGCCAAGCACAGUGGCGGUGGACACUGCGUUCAGAACUUUCCCCCAUCCCUGGCUUCAAAACCCAGCCUGGGGCAGCAGAAACCAACCGCCUAUGUGCGGCCAAUGGAUGGCCAGGACCAGGCUCCCGACGAAUCUCCUAAGCUUAAGUCAUCCACGGAAACUGCUGUGCACUGCACGGCCUACAGAGGGGUCCCGGCCGGCAAACCAGAGUCAGCCAGAGCCAAGGGCAAGCUCGCUAAGUUCAGCAUCCCCAAGCAAGGCGAGGAGAAUAGAUCUGGAGAAACCAACAGCUGUGUGGAAGAAAUAAUUCGGGAGAUGACCUGGCUUCCUCCACUUUCCGCCAUUCAAGCUCCUGCCAAGGUGGAACCAAGCAAGUUCCCAUUCCCAAAUAAGGACUCACAACUUGUAUCCUCUGGACACAGUAAUCCAAAGAAAGCUGAUGCGGAGCCAGAGAGUCCAGACAAUGGCACGUCGAACACUUCAACUCUGGAAGACGACCUUAAGCUAAGCAGUGAUGACGAAGAGGGUGAGCAGCAGGCAGCCCAGAGAACGGUUCUCCGCGCUCUAGCUGACAGCUCCGUGGUCCAGCAGACCAACUGUAGAGGUUCCGCGCCAUCCAGCAAGGGCAGCAGCAGCAGCAGCGGCGGCAGCAGCUCCUCCAGCGACUCAGAAAGCACUUCCGGCUCCGACUCCGAGACGGAGAGCAGCUCCAGCGAGAGCGAGAGUGAGGGCAGCAAGCCUCCGCACUGCUCCAGCCCCGAGGCCGAACCUGCGUCCUCGAACAAGUGGCAGUUGGAUAAAUGGCUGAACAAAGUUAAUCCUCACAAGCCGCCAAUUCUGAUCCAAAAUGAAAGCCAUGGCCCGGAAAGGAAUCAAUACUACACGCCUGUGAAAGAUGAAGGGCAAGACUGCGGGAAACUUCCUGAGAUCUGCCAAGCCAGCCUGAGGGACAAGGAGCUCAAGACUGCCUGCAAGGAGGAGCAGCGGCCGAGGACCGCAAACAAGGUCCCUGGCAGCAAAAGUGUCAAGCAAAAGUCCCCGCCCGCUGCGGUGGCUGUGACCGCAGCUGCCCCGCCGCCCGCGGUGCCCAGCGCACCCACGGAGAGUGCACCCGCGCCUACCCGCAGGUCAGCAGGCAAGAAGCCCACCAGGCGCACCGAGAGGACCUCAGCCGGGGACAGUGCCAACUGCCACCGACCAGAGGAGCCAGUGGCCCCAGACGCGCUGGGGGCGAGCGUAGUGGGACCCCUAGAGCCCCCCAAAACCAGGCCCUGUGGUAACAGCAGGACAGGCCACCGCAAGGAGCUGCGCUCCUCAGUGACCUGUGAGAAGCGUCGCACGCGGGGGCUGAGCAGAAUUGUCCCUAAAUCCAAGGAGUUUAUUGAAACAGAAUCUUCGUCUUCCUCUUCCUCCUCGGACUCAGACCUGGAGUCAGAGCAAGAGGAGUACAUCCUGUCCAAGGCUCCAAGCACCACCGGGAGUGAACAGAGGCUAAAGGAGGCCACCAGCAACAACAGCAGCAGCAGCAACAGCAGCAGCAGCAGCAGCAGCAGCAGCAGCAGCAGCAGCAGCACCUCCCGAGCCUCUGUGGGCUCCAUCAACGCCAGGACCACCAGUGACAUUGCCAAGGAGCUAGAGGAACAGUUCUACACGCUGGUCCCCUUUGGCAGGAAUGAACUGCUUUCUCCACUAAAGGACAGUGAUGAGGUCAGGUCUCUCUGGGUCAAAAUUGACCUGACACUCCUUUCCAGGAUCCCAGAACACCUGUCCCAGGAGCCUGGGGUCUUGAGCGCUCCUGCAGCCAAGGACACUGACAGUACCCCAGCCAGCCAUGCAUUGGACACACCUGCUGAAAAGACUUUGCCAAAAUCCAAGAGGAAACGCAAGUGUGACAAUGAAGACGACUACAGGGAGAUAAAGAAGGCCCAGGGAAAGAAGGAGGGUGCCUCACGCCUGGCUGCCUCCACUAACAACACCUUCUCCGGCAGCCACUGCAACGUGAGCAUCAACAGCUUGGCAAUACCAAUAAACAAAAAUGAAAAGAUGCUCCGGUCACCCAGCUCGCCACUCUCUGAUGCAUGUAAACACAAAUACUCCAGCGAGGACGUGACUUCUUCCAGCCGACCUCACGGCAACGGGUUGUUGACUUCUGUGUCUUCCAACAAAGAGCCUAAGGCCGAGAGCCAGCUGCAGUCGCAUGCUGGGGACCUCACGAAGAUCUCUCACAACAGUUCCGAAAAUGGCAUCCUCCACAGCAAAUCACGGCCCCAGACUGAGCCAUGGUCUCCAGGUUCCAACGGCCACAGGGACUGCAAGAGACAGAAACUGAUCUUCGAUGACAUGCCCCGAAGUGCGGAUUAUUUCAUGCGAGAAGCUAAGCGGAUGAAACACAAAGCAGACGCCAUGGUGGAGAAGUUUGGGAAGGCCCUCAACUAUGCCGAAGCAGCCCUGUCCUUCAUCGAGUGUGGAAACGCAAUGGAACAAGGGCCGAUGGAGUCCAAGUCUCCGUACACCAUGUACUCGGAGACAGUGGAGCUCAUCAGGUAUGCUAUGAGACUAAAAACCCACUCAGGCCCCAAUGCCACACCGGAGGACAAACAGUUAGCUGCGCUUUGUUACCGAUGCCUGGCUCUCCUAUACUGGCGGAUGUUUCGACUCAAAAGGGACCAUGCUGUCAAGUAUUCAAAAGCACUCAUCGACUAUUUCAAGAAUUCAUCGAAAGCUGCCCAAGCCCCAUCCCCAUGGGGGUCUAGCGGCAAGAGCACUGGAAGCCCAUCCCCCAUGUCUCCCAACCCUUCUCCCGCCAGCUCCGUGGGGUCUCAGGGCAGCCUUUCCAGUUCCAGCGGCCUGUCCCCAUCGACCAUUGUGAGCAUCCCCCAGCGAAUUCACCAGAUGGCGGCCAAUCACGUCAGCAUCACCAACAGCAUCCUCCACAGCUACGACUACUGGGAAAUGGCUGAUAACCUGGCCAAGGAAAACAGAGAGUUCUUCAAUGACCUGGAUUUGCUCAUGGGACCUGUCACCCUGCACAGCAGCAUGGAGCACCUGGUCCAGUACUCCCAGCAAGGCCUGCACUGGUUACGGAGCAGCACACACCUGUCCUAGGGGCCACACCGUUGAGCCGGACUGUGUUUCCUUCUCCUCAGUGGCUCAAUGUUUCCAGACACUGUGCUACUGACAUCCCCCGCCUAUGGCAUCCCCCAAACCACAGUGAACAUCUCCUCAGAGCCUAACAACGUUGUUUCUCUGGGGCGGGGGUGUGUGUUUAGAUGUGGGUUCGUACAAAGCUGCCUGUGUGUGUGAGUGUGUGAGUGAAUGUGUGUGUGUGUGUGUGUGUGUGUGUGUGUGUGUGUGUGUGUGUGAUCGACAGCUCUGCAAACGUAUUUUCCUUUGUCUAGUUUCUAUAACCCCAGGCUAGACAGCGAUUAGAGGUUCCUCAUUGGAGGAGAUCCAUGCGGUACACAUGCUCACACACUCAGACACAUCCUACCCACCCCAGUGCUAAGCCAUUGCCUUCUUAGAAAAUUCCACCAAAAUCUCAUGCGUUGCUGAACCUGGCGCGCUCCAGCACCAGGAGACCUUAACUGGCGGACGAGUUGAACCUGUCUCCUAUUACCAAUUCUUUUCAGUAUUAUAUACAAUUCCCCAAUUACUUUUGGUUGUUGUAUACCUAUGAGCAAUUGACAGAACAAGUCGGUUAUCUUUGUGUCAGAAGUUCACUAGAACGCAUGUUAACCAAACACCCUGCCCCUCCCCCUAGUACCCUCCCCCACCCCUCAUUAUCUACCAAACACAUCAUAAGCCCAUGGAGUCUCACAAGCGUCCCGUGCAUAGUACAAAGAUGGCACCAGGAUUCCGUAAAAGCUCAGCAACCACCAUAGCAGCAGUGACUGUUCUGGUUCCAAAUGAAAGUCUUCACGGGUGGCAGCGAGCCCCUCCAGGCACGCACACUUCCUCUUUCUGCCACCGUGACUCUGUGGUUGUUGUCCGCCCAUCCAUUUCAAGUCUCUUCCUUCCACAGUAGCUUUCUUGCAACCUUCCUCAUCCAAAGGAAGAUAUUGUCCAGAGUCCGCCAUCCCUAGGUCUGGCGGUUGCUUUGCAGACUCAGACACACUCGCCGUUGUCACCCGCCUGAUUCUUGCUCUUCACACACCCGUGGGCGACUCCAGGCCUUGAGUGCGUUUUGACUUGGGGGACAUUUUUCAAGCGUUCAUUGACAAGCUGCUUACGAAGCUGAGGGAAGUUAUCCCUGUGAAGAUCAAAACUCGGUUUGGAGUAGCAACAACCAGAGCAUCAGCUUCUAUCUUUGCAUCUGGUGUGUUUAUGUCUUGACCAUGCGUCUUGUCUGGUUUCAGUUUUUUGGUUUUUUUUUUUAAUUGAGUUUUUUUCCCUGUUUUCCUGGCAUCUCGUUUACAGUUUUUGUCUGAAGUUUGUUUUCUCUCGUUUUUCCCAUCCCCUAGACUUAGUCUUCUUGUUAAAUAUAUGUAGAUCUGAAAUAUUAGUAUAAAGAAACAAGUCCUGUCUACAAGGCGUAUCUCACAACACUUUGAGAACAAACCAUUGUCCUUGAGUUACUUGACCAAACUAUACCAGGGCAGCCAGAGGGAGAGAGGGAAGGCCACCUGCAGAGCCCUGCACUGUUGAAGGUGGCCAAGGGGUCACAAAGUGUGUGUCCUGUGUUUCCUCCCUCUCCCUGUGAGCUUGGCUGUGCACACAUCAGCAUCUGUCGGCUUUGUCAGGGGGUGGCAAAUAAGAUCACUCUCAUCGCCCAGCUCCCUGCGUGGAUUCAAAACUGUACCAACAGCUGAACACACUUUGGUGAUCCGCACCAAAGUGGAUCAUGGAAUUUGCAUCUGGCUUCCGACCCUCAGACACUUGAAAUUUUUAGAAGUACCAUGAUGGCUUCAAAUGUUUGGGACCAGAACUGUUUUUUAUAAGACAUUAGACUAUUGGUGAACACAUAAUGAGGUAUCUCGGGAGAGAGGAUGCAAGUCUAAACAUGAAGUCCAUUUAUGUUUUAUAUAUACCCUGUCCACAGGAAGACAAUGUCUGCAAUACCAAUUGUAAGCCAUCCCAAGAGUUCAGGCGUGGGAUUGACGGCUGGCGUCAUGGCGCUGUACAAGAGGUUUUAGAUUCCGGAGCAGUUUAGGCUUGAGGUUCUUGAGAAGGCUCCGCCUGUUUCCAUCUCUGUACUUAUCCGUGCUCCUCGAACCACUUGCUCUCGCUGGUGGCAGGCCUGUGAUCCCAUCCUGUGUUCAAAGUCUGAAUAUACGAAAUUCAAUCACCUCGUGUGCAGCAGUGAGACUUUGUUCUGGUUACUCUUGGUGAAUUCUGGCAAAAACCUUUGAACCCUCACGUAGAGCCAUACCCUUGAGGGUCCUCUGUGCAGCCUGGGGGACCUCCUCUGUCCCUGCCUUUCUUUAGAGUCACAAGCUUAGUUUCAACACCCACAUAAUCCACAUUCCUGGGAAACCCGUCCGGUGGCCUCAGGCUGAUUGAACCAGCACAGGUCUGGUGAACAGGCUGAUGACCUGCAUCCAAACAAGACUUCCAGAGACUGGUCUGGGGCGGGGCCAGGGAGGGGCGCAUAGUCAGAGCGUGCAGGUCCUAGUCAGGUCUCUUGCCUCAUCCAUGCAGCAGGGGCAGGCUCAGUAUAGCUAACUUUAUGAAGAAACCAUCUCUCAUCCGAUGGGGCUCAAUGUUGAUAAUCCUGGUAAGGGGCCAUCUUCCACUUGAUGCCAUAAAAGGUCAUCCCCAACACGUUCCUUUCCUUAAGUUGGGUUGCCAAGUGGAAACAUCUUUCUUAGGUUCUAUGACUAUAAAAAUCCUACAUGUUCACUGUAGGAAUUCAAACAAUAUUGGAAGGGAGAAGAUGCAAGUCUGUGGCUGCCUCACACACAACCCCAAGAUGACCACAGCUCAGUGAUCCUGUGUCUUUCCAGAGAGUUUUAUAUUUAAGCAUAACAUCAAUUACCACGUGUUUCUAUUAGAAGACAUACACUGACCUCAGAUGUCCCACCAAAGUCCCAUUGGUCUCAUCCUCCAUGACCUGAGUAGACAUCAGUCACCCUUUGUCACAAUGUUAGAAUUACCUUUGAAAGGGCGCAGCCUAGAUGUUCCUGAAAAACCUUUGGCAUCAGUUGUUACUCCGCACGUAUCCGUCUCUGGUGCAGCUGUGCCCCGGGAGAGAAGAUCCGUUAAAACGGGCUUUUGGAGACGUUCAAACCUGGUCCUGCUCUCUGAGAGGAUACACUGGAAGAAUUCACUCACUAAACCAUUGACAGUUUGUGUGCUAGAUUGAACACCUGGGAUGCAAUGGAAGGCAAAGAGGCUUUUCUGCACCAAAAUGUAUCCCAGUAUGUACAACGAUGGUGUGUGUGCUGUGUAACAGUGAUGUGUACACCUCUGACACCCAUAACAGAAUAGACACAGUUCACAUAAAUGCAUACAUUUAAAAAUAUAUAUGUACCAAUACAGCUAACACAGAACUGGAGUACACCUGACAGGUAUAGCUAGGGCCUAACAUCAAGUCUAAGUCGCGAUGCGCUCGGAUCACCUUGGAGGUGGGAGUCACUGUUAUACCAUCAAUGCGGUGGUAUUAUUUGUGGAUCGUAUCUUUGAAACUGUGCAGAAACAGUAACAUAUGCAUAUAUAUUUUUAAAUAACAUUUUUCACAGUUUUCCAGCGUUACUAUUGAGAUCUGUAUCGCAAAAAAAAAGAAAAAAGAAAAAAAAAGAGAAAAAUGCAAGAUUUUUUUUAAUAAUGUAGACACUCUUCAGACCCAGUUAUCGGCGUAUGAUUUCUUUCCUGUUUGUAGAUAUUCAAGAGACUUUAGCAGUCACCAGCCUUAAUGCAUGUACAGGAUACUAUUGUGACUUAAUUUAUCUGCAGUUUUUAAUCCAUAUAAAAUUGGAGUUUAUAAACGGACUUGGAUUAAAUAUGUCUGCCUUUCUAAGGCUGCAAAUGAAACAUUAAAUGAUUCAUGUUGUAUGUGAGAGAAACCGAGUUGUACGUUUAAAAGAAAAAAGUUCGCCAGUUUCUGUUAGAACUGAAAUAUUUUCAGAGCAGGAUUCUGGUUCCCAGCUUGGAUUCUCUUUGGAAGCAACCUUCUUUCAUGAAUGUGCCCUUCCUUCCUUCCUUCCUUCCUUUCUUCCUUCCUUCCUUCCUCCCUUCCCUUCCCUUCCCUUCUUUUUUCUUCUUUUCUUUUUUCUUUUCUAUUUUUUUUAAAAUCUUAGGCAUUGCACUCAGGGCCUGGCACAUGCUAUGCCACCACUGAGCUGCAUCCCCAACCCUCACCCCUUCACUGAUGUUCAAACAUAGCUCCUGUAGCUAGCAUUGUGAAAUCUGAUAUUUUUUAAUAGAACCGUAGUUUCCUACUUCUAUUUUCCAUACUCUUCUCUGUCUCUGUCCCUAUAUCUCUCUGUCUCUGUCUCUGUGUGUGUGUGUGUGUCUGUCUCUCUGUCUCUCUUUCUCUCUGUGUGUGUGUCUCUCUCACACACAUACACACACACAGGUUCUCUCCCCCUCUCUCCUUUGUAUCCUGAAGACUGCCAAUGAGGAAAGCAGAGAGGGUCCCAUUGACAACAGCAUAGAUGGAUGCCUGCUCAAGUAGUAGCCCCAAGACGCUGCUCUAAUCAACACAGGCACACGUCUUCAGUGGCACAAGUCAAUCCCCUGACUACUUGUGCUGGGCUUUUCCAACUUAAAACAACCUAGUGGGAUCUUGUUUUCAAACCUUGCCUGAGAAAAAUGAGAGAAUUCCGAAUCAAAGAGCUGAAGUAUUAGAGCAGCGGCUAGGACGUUUCCCUGUGCCUGUGUAGAGGAGGGUCUGUCAGUCUCACUUCCCUCUUUCUCCCUCCCCCUUCCUUCUCCUACCCAAGCUGAAGAAACAGAAACAAUGUGAUGACCUCUUGGCCUGAUCCAGUCUGUGUCUUUUCCCUACCACACCAUCUGGCAGAGUCCACACCGUUGAGAGAAUAACAUACAGAAAAGGUUAGACAUUUCCAUUCAAACCUCAGCAAUUAAGUGACAGGAAGGGAGCCCCACAGGUGUCUAGGAUAAAGGACUUGUCCUUACUAGCUCUAGGGACAGAGUAAUAUUCCUUCAGAGAUAAACUAAGAAAUACCCGGCAACCUUCCAAAUAAGAAACGCCUUUCUGUUGGAUAACUUGUAGGUGACACUGUUGGAGUCUCUUCUUAUCGGAAUCCUGUUUUAAAAUGUAUCCCAUUUUCAAUCAAGCCUAGACCAACUGGAGUCUUGAAAGACAACUUCGACUGGGGAUGGGGAAGGGCUGACCACAUAAACUGCAUUUUUCAACUGUUUGGAGCCUGAGUUUUGUUCCCUGUUCCCAGAAAGGCACAUCCUUAACACACAACACAGAGAUGUUUCAGCGUGAGGACACUGUCCUCCUGGUCCACCUCAUUGUGUGUGCCAUCAGAAGGGUUAACUUGUUCGCUUGGCAUGAGGCGCGUUUAUUAUAAAACUCUAUUCUCAAACUAAUUACAUCUGA